AUGGCGGAGGCCGUCCGCGACAUCGGUCUGCCGCCCUGCCCGUGGGGGCAGGAAAGGAGAGACGGCAACUGCGCUGACAAGUGCAAGUCGCUGAACUGCGACGGCGACACUGCGGUGUGCAAGAAGAACGACACGGGCGAUGCAGUCUGCGUGUGCAUCAAUUCCGAAUACGUGCUGGUGACCGACAACUCAUGCGCACACCCGUGCACCGUCAAGGUGUGCGGCGCCCAUGCCUCGUGCGUGAAGCCGUUAGGCGAGAACGCGACAUGCGUCUGCGACUGGGGCUUCGCCAUGACGCCCGACCAAGGCUGCGUCGACACGUGCACGAUUAAGGCCUGUGUGAACGGCACGUGCAGCAAGGACGAAAACGGGACGGCUGUCUGUUCCUGUGACGCCGAGGCUGGCUUCAAGCUGCAGGCCGAUAACAGGACGUGCAUGGACGUGUGCGUGAUCGCGGAUUGUGAGACCAAGGACACCAAUUCCGAGUGUAAGAGGAAUCGGGACGAGGCCCACUGUGAAUGCAAGCUCAACUUCGAGCUGUUCGAGGGCGUAUGCACUGACACAUGCGAGGUGAGGGCGUGUGUGAAUGGCACGUGCAGCCACAACGCCACCACUGGAGCGGCGUCAUGCCAUUGUGACGCCGACGCUGGCUUCAAGCUGCAGGAUGACGAGAGGACAUGCAAAGACGUGUGCAUGAUCGCGGAUUGUGAGACCAAGGACGCCAAUUCCGAGUGUAAGAGGAAUCGGGACGAGGCCCACUGUGAAUGCAAGCUCAACUUCGAGCUGUUCGAGGGCGUAUGCACUGACACAUGCGAGGUGAAGGCGUGUGUGAAUGGCACGUGCAGCCACAACGCCACCACUGGAGCGGCGUCCUGCCAUUGUGACGCCGACGCUGGCUUCACGCUCCUGGAUGACGAGAGGACGUGCAAAGACGUGUGCGUGAUCGCGGAUUGUGAAACCAAGGACGCCAAUUCCGAGUGUAAGAGGAAUCGGGACGAGGCUCACUGUGAAUGCGUGAUCAACUUCGAGCUGUUCCAGGGCGUAUGCACUGACACAUGCGAGGUGAAGGCGUGUGUGAAUGGCACGUGCAGCCACAACGCCACCACUGGAGCGGCGUCCUGCCAUUGUGACGCCGACGCUGGCUUCACGCUCCUGGAUGACGAGAGGACGUGCAAAGAUGUGUGCAUUAUCAAGGACUGUGAAGGCAGCGACGCCAACUCCGAGUGUCAAAGGGAUGGCGUGGAUGCAACCUGUGUGUGCAAGACUGGGUUCCAGAUGUUUGAGGGCAAAUGCACUGACACGUGCGUUGUGAAGGGGUGUGGUGUAAAUGGCGAGUGCCACAAGAACGCCACCACUGGAGAGGCAUCUUGUGUUUGCAAUCUGGGCUUCACGCUGCAGGCUGAUGGCACCACGUGCAAGGAUAACUGCGAGAUCCUGAGCUGCACUGGUCCCAAGGAGCACUGCGCCAAAGAUGUCAUCACCGGCCAGGCAUACUGCAAGUGCGAUGAUUACUUCCACAGGGCAGUGGGCGGCUUUUGCCAGGAUUGGUGCCCCUUCAAGAACUGCAACACCACCGUCUCGGCGUGCGUGAGGAGGGUGGACGGGAUUCCGUUCUGCAUUUGCAACGAGGGUGUCCCGCUGAAUACCAAGCUCUGCGUUGGCAAGGUGCCCUCAGCAUAG